AUGAAGCCAGGCAAGGCCGCCGCCAAGCACAGGAAGCCCUCAGCCGCUGCCACCAGCACCUUCACAAGCGCCGCCGCCAAGAAGCGCCCGGCCGCCGCCGCGCCCGCCGCUGAACCCUCCGCCAAGUGCGCUGUGGCAGCCGCUGCGCCCCUGCCAGCCGGCAACAAGACGCAAGAGCGCCGCGACAACAAACGCCGCCGCAAGCGCAGCAGCGGCAAGAGCAGGAUGGCGCUCGACGAGUCGGCGGCCCCCGCCGUGGCGGAGGGCGCCGAGCAGGGCGCAGCGCGGGCGCCCCCGCCGCCAGCGGACCGGCGGCUUCCGGUGACGCUGCUGUCAGGCUUCCUCGGUGCCGGCAAGACGACGCUCCUCAAGAAGAUCCUGGCCAACACUCAGGGCAUGAGGGUGGCUGUCAUCGUCAAUGACAUGGCGGAACUCAACAUUGACGCGGCCCUGGUGGCCGGCAGCAAGCUGGUGGCGGCAAAGGAGGACCUCGUGCAGCUGCAGAAUGGCUGCAUCUGCUGCACCCUGAGGGGCGACCUGCUGCAGGAGGUGGCGGCGCUGGCGGCGGCCGGCAACGUGGACUACCUCGUCAUAGAGUCCACGGGCAUCAGCGAGCCCAUGCAGGUGGCGGAGACGUUUGCGAUGGAGCUGGACGCCCCCAUGCUGGCAGAGCUCAAAGCACGCGGCCUCAAGCUGCCGCCGCCGCCCGCCAGCCUGACCGCCCCCCAAAAGCCGGCCGCUGAUGCGGUUGUAGUGAACACCGCCACGGCGCCAGCCGCAAGGGGCGAGGGGGAGGCUGCUGCUGAUGCAGAGGUCGUGAUCCACGAGGGAGGCGACGACGGCGCCGAGGACGCUGCAGGCGGCGGCGGCGGCGUCAGCCUGUCUGACUUUUCGCGGCUCGACACGUGCGUCACCGUGGUGGACGCGGCAAAGUUCUUUGACGACCUGCAGUCCAUAGAGGAGCUCGCAGACAGGUACGGCACCGACGCGGUGCCGGAGGGCGACGACCGCUCGCUGGCCGCGCUGCUGGUGGAGCAGGAGCCCACCAACCUCUCAGAUGACGAGCAGCCACAGCAGCACUACCUGCAGCAACAGCGCACCACCAUCAUGCAGGCGCAGGCUUUCGCAGCCACCAUGUCGCUGCUCACCCCCACCCCGCCCUGCUCUCACCCAGCCCCGCCUCCUCCAUUCCCGUGCCAGGUCGAGUUUGCGGACGUGCUGAUCAUCAACAAGGCGGACGUCAUGGCGGCACAGCCCCCCAAGGAGCGCGAGCGCCUGCGCCGCGUGCUGCGGCAGCUCAACCCCUCCGCUGCCGUCCUGGAGGCCACCCGCUGCGACGUCGACCUCCGCCAGAUCAUCAACACGGGGCGCUUCGACAUCGACAAGGUCUGA